AUGCACACCGACUUGCUCAUCUCGAGCUGCGCCACCAACACUCAGAUGAUCGGCAGGCAUUCGCGAUCUUAUCACUGCGCUGUACGUCAAACGCACGCCCUGCCUCCCUUCCACACGAUAUCAUCAUUGGCUGGUUGGGCCUGUGGGUUGAAAGGUGGACAGUUUGGAGCAUUGUUGUGUGUUUAUAACAGGCGUGAACACGCUUGUCAGCAUCGAAAGAAGACGUUGUUCGAUCAGCGUCUGAAAUGUGUGUGCAAACUGACCAUCACCGACAACGUCGAUGUUGUCCAGAUGCUCGAAUUCGGACAAGGGUCUUCUCUACAGACGGAGUGUGAACUUACGAGCACACAGUUCAUCAUCGACAUCAUGCGUUUCCCCUGCAAAAAGACACCGUCUCCUCUCUCUGCCACAAACACGCGACACUCCGUCUUAGACGGCGCCAACUCGUCCGUUGCUGAUGCUUGCUUAAUUCGUUCUCCCCGUCAGCCCAUGUCUUGUGGUGACGAGACACUAGACGAGAUGCAGCCUGAGUUUGCUUGGAAGAAGAAGAAGACCACCGCGCUGACAGAGACGGGCCACCAGGACGACGGUGAGCCAGAGAAUUACUUGAGCACAGCUCAUCAUCGACUCCACGUUUGUGGGGUGGAGGUGUUAAAUCAUCUCGAGGAGCUUCUUCAGCGUCGGUUCGGGGAUGGCAUGCUUCCCCUGCAAAAAAGACGCCGUCUCCUCCCACCGCCACAAACACGCGAAGCUGCCUCGUAG